GUCGCUUCCGCUUCGACUAAUCUAAUCACGUCUCCUGAAACGUGCCUUGGCGCACCAGGGCUUCGCGACGACUUCUACACCCGCCUGGCAGAUUGGAGCAAAACUGAUCUACUGGCUGUAGCGAUGAACUCUUCCGUCGUAUACCGUAAUAUGCAGACGCAAAAUAUUUCGCGUGUCGUCUCGCUUGAUCCAGAGGAGACUGUGACAUGCAUAGCUUGGAGUCCCUCGUCAACAACGCUGGGCGUCGGACUUGACUGCGGUUUAGUUCGCUUGUACAAUCCUGAAUCACAUGAAUGCCUUCGCGAAUACAAGGCACAUCGGCAGAAAGACUUUGUUGGAGAUCUCAGCUGGCAGGACUCGAACGUCUUUGCGGUUGGCUAUCAGUCAGGUCAGCUUCGUCAGUUCGAUGUUCGAGAACAAAGAGGAGGCAGAGUUAUUCGGUCGCAUCGUUCGCGGAUCUGCGGUGUUGAGUGGAACUCUGACGGCCGAUUUCUCGCAACAGGUGGUGGAGAUGGCGUCGUUGCUUGCUGGGACGCGCGAAUGGACAGGCCCAACCCCAUUGCGACUCUAAACAACAUAAGCUGUCGUUGGCGGGUGCGACGACAUCUUUCGACCGUGAAGGCAUUCGCAUGGUGUCCCUGGGCGCCAGAUAUGCUUGCAUCUGGCGGUGGAACAAAGGAUGGGACAAUCCGAUUCUGGGACGUCGUACGCGGUUGUGCGCGAAGCACCGUGAUACCUACUCAUUCGCAAGUGACCUCGCUGCACUUUUCGCAGAGUUGUCGCGAAAUCGUGUCGACACACGGAUAUGCCUUCGCUCCUGCAGAACCUGGCUUGGAUGGUGUGUACCCGGCGCCCCGAAGGCAUUCAAUACUUGUACACAAUUAUCCGCGUGGCAAUCUGGUGGGCAAGGUGUUUGACCCGGCACACGGACGUAUCACGCAUAGUUGCUUGAGUCCAGAUGGAACUCGGAUUGUAACGUGCGGAUCCGACGACUCGAUUCGCAUGUUUAAGAUUUUCGGGAAGCAGAAUUCCCCUCCUCACGAUGAGCACAGUCGGCUGCAGAGUAUGAUCCGGUAG